CGUCUCUUAGGUUAAAAGAUUCGGGUCCUUCCUUCGUUGCAGCAAAAAGAAAAGAGCAGCAAUACGCCGUCGAGCUUCGUUCGUCUCCUCAGAAGAAGAAGCUGAGCUGAAAAUAUGGCUUACCAGGCAAUGAAGCCAACUAAGGCUGGUUUGGAAGAACCACUUGAGCAAAUUCACAAGAUCAGGAUCACUCUCUCCUCCAAGAAUGUGAAGAACUUGGAAAAAGUGUGCACUGAUUUGGUUCGUGGAGCUAAGGACAAGAGACUGAGAGUUAAGGGACCAGUGAGAAUGCCCACCAAGGUUCUUAAAAUCACUACCCGAAAAGCUCCUUGUGGUGAAGGAACCAAUACAUGGGACAGAUUUGAGCUUAGGGUUCACAAGCGUGUGAUUGAUCUCUUCAGCUCUCCUGAUGUUGUCAAGCAGAUCACUUCCAUCACCAUUGAACCUGGUGUUGAGGUCGAGGUCACCAUCGCCGACUCGUAGA